AACCAGAGUACAUUAAUUAAUCUAUAAUUUAAACCAUCCAGCAGCCCCCCUUGAUGGCUUCUUAACUCUAAGAUAGACUUUGACUGAGUCCUUCCACUUGCAUCCCACUAUAAAUAUCAUAGCCAUCUAUCAUAUUCAGAUCACAAACUUAAACUUCUUCAAUAUUAUUAUUUCUUUGUUUGCAUAACACUUGUUGCUGCUCAGAAAUAAACCUUAGUCUAUACUCUAUAUAUAUACAGCCUUUUGUUUUCAUAAGUUUUAUUAAUCUUUACUAAAAAAAAUGGAGGGAGUGACAAAGUUAUCUGUUGAACAAAUUCAACCACCUACUUAUGGAAACUUGGUAACAAUUCUUAGUAUUGAUGGUGGUGGUAUUAGGGGACUCAUUCCUGCUGCAAUUAUUGAAUUCCUUGAAUCUCACCUUCAGGAAUUGGAUGGUGAAGAUGCAAGGCUUGCAGAUUACUUUGAUGUGAUAUCAGGAACAAGUACAGGAGGUCUUGUAACUGCCAUGUUAGCUGCUCCAGAUAAAAACAACCGUCCACUUUUUGCUGCCAAAGAUAUCAAACCCUUUUACCUUGAACACUGCCCAAAAAUUUUCCCACAACCUAGAGGCCUAGGUGGGACAAUAUUAGCAAAGGUAAUGAGAUCUCUUGGAGGACCCAAAUAUGAUGGAAAAUACCUUCAUGAGGUUGUAAGAGAGAAACUUGGAGAAAUUAAGUUGCAUGAGACCUUAACCAACAUUGUUAUUCCUACAUUUGACAUCAAGACUUUGCAGCCAAUUAUUUUCUCAUCUUAUCAGCUUAAGAAAUCUCCUUUUUUGGAUGUUAAACUCUCAGACAUAUGCAUUAGUACCUCAGCUGCACCUACUUAUCUUCCUGCUCACACCUUCACAAAUAAACAUGAAGAAACUAAAAAAGAAGAGGAGUUCAAUCUCAUUGAUGGUGGUGUUUGUGCAAAUAAUCCGGCUUUAGUUGCCAUGAAUGAAGUAACAAAGCAAAUCAUCAAUCAAAGUCCUGAUUUCUUUCCAAUCAAGCCUCUUGAAUAUGGUCGAUUUCUGAUAAUUUCAUUAGGCACCGGGACAGCAAAAAAUGAGGAAAAAUUCAGUGCACAAAUGGCAGCCAAAUGGGGUCUAUUGGAUUGGUUAACACAUAGUGGUUCGAAUCCUUUAAUCGAUGUUUUUACUCAAUCAAGUAGUGAUAUGGUUGAUUUUCAUUUAUCUGCUGUCACUCAAGCUCUUCAUUCAGAAGAUAAUUACCUUCGAAUUCAGGAUGACACAUUAACCGGAAUAGAUUCUUCUGUUGACAUUGCUACUGAGGCGAACUUGAAGAAACUAAGCCAAAUUGGUGAGAAUUUAUUGAAGAAACCAGUCUCUAGAGUCAAUUUAGAAAAUGGACACUUUGAACCAAUAACAACUGGAGAAACUAAUGAAGCUGCUCUCAUGAGGCUUGCAAAAAUACUUUCGCAAGAGAGGAGACUCCGUGAAAUGAGAUCACCGCAUACAAGUAGAGGCAAGAAAGCUCGACAUCUAGUUGUAUGAUCAACUUAACAUCUUUUCAAAUAUGUUUCUUCAAGAAGAAAAAAUAUUUGUAAGAUAUGUGCAUGAAAAGUUCAGUGACAUGUAUUAGAUCAAAAGUUUGAUUGCUUAAUAAAAUGUAACCAAAGAGUUUCUUGUUUUCCUUUUUUUUUUUUUUUUAAAGCUUUUGUAUAAGUUGCAAUUAAGUUUGGUGAAAAUUAUGUAUUCUUACUUUCAAUUCAUUUGUUAUUCUCCAAUUUUAAGUGUAAAUGUCAGUUUGACACUUCUUUAAAACUAUGUACCAAAAUUUAUAAAAGUCCAAUAUAAUUUUGUUGAUUGAAUCAAA